GACCAUAUAACGAUAAAUCCGCGGUCACUCUGAAGAACACAUGUAAAUAUAAAAAUAAAAACAAUUGAAAUAUAAUGCAAGGGCUGAAGUCCGGAAGCUGAAGCUGCACCAUGUCUCUGGCCUUCGACCUGAGCAACUCCGGCGGUGCUUAUCAACCACUGGACAGCGGAAGCGGCAAAGACGCGUCGGCAGCGGUCCCGCAGAGACACGCGAUGAGCAUGAGGGUCUCGUGGAUCAGGCAAUGGCGCCGCUAUAAACUGCCCGCCUUGGUUCUCAUGAUGAUGUUUCUGAUGUCCUGCCUUGCGUACCGCAUCAUGGGUCAAAGGCCGAGCAGGAUGCUCCUCCCACGGACUUGCACCGCAGCUCCCCACUGCUGGAUGCUUACGAGGAUUUCAGCGCGAUGCGGGCCGGCGACCUAAAGAUGCGCAUCGAGGAGAUGGUAAGAAUCAAGAGCACUGUGUCAGCUACGCGAGCUAGAGUCUCGCCGCCAGAAACUGCAGUCGGACAUCAGUCAGUACAAUCAAAAAAUUGAGGAGCUGAAGCAGGAGCUGCUCCGUGAGCAGACCGAGUUGGAGCGUCUCAAGAUGUCCGUGGAGCAGGCGCAGGUGGCCCAGCGGGAGGCAGUGCAGCGCAACACUCCUGAUCUUGCCCUGCCGCGCACCCUCCUGCCCAACUCCCUGCCCCGAAAGAUGAAUACUGUCUCGACGGGCGUAGCCGCCUCCUGUGCGAUGCACAACUGCUUCGACCACUCCCGUUGCAGCCUCACCUCCGGCUUUCCAGUAUACCUUUAUGACCCCCACGAACACAACGUCCAGCGAACUGGCUACGAUAUCGAUGGCUUCCUUAAGACAACUCUCAAACAAACGCUCGGCUACAACGCGCACAUAGUGAGGGAUCCAACGCAAGCCUGCAUCUACCUGGUGCUGGUAGGCGAGGCUCUGCUGGAACAGGACCUGCUUCGAAACAACCGAUAUGCGGCCCAAGAGGUUGAGCAGCAACAGCCGACGGCUCCCAGCCAAACACACGACUGCCCCAUCGAAAUGCAGAAGCUGUACAACCUGCCCUACUGGGGAGGCGAUGGCCGCAACCAUGUGCUGCUAAACCUGGCACGUCGGGACCUCUGCUCCCGUAGGACGAAUGCACUGCUCCAGCAGAACACCAUGCGAGCCAUUGUGGUGCAGAGCGCCUUCGAGCUGGACCAGUUCCGGCCCGGAUACGAUCUGAUUGUGCCACCCAUCCUCGGUCCUAUCACUAAAAACUCUUCAAGCUGCGAUAGCAUCCACUUUCUUGAGAAAACAUAAUUUCGGAAAGCAAAGUAGGCUGCGGUGUGUAAGCGUCUGUGUCUGUGUGUGGGUGCUGUGAAGUGCUCCCCAACCAUUGUUUGUUUACUGGCCAAUCUCAAACAACUUCCGGAAACUGAAAGUUCGCCGCGUUAUCUGCAAAAAAUU